AUGGAAUCUCCCCCCAUCCCCGACUCUUUCCUCAGCGGAACCCCACCCCCCGCUACCCUCCGUCUCCUCGACUUCCAAACCACCACACCCCCAAUCCCCGCCUUUAAGGAUCAUUUUGCUGCCAUUAUCGACAACUUCAUGACCCCUGUAGAAUGCGCUGAAUUCCUUCGCCUUGCCGCCGCAUCCACCCCGACCCCGCACGCUCCCUGGGACCGCGCCUUGAUCAACGCCGGCGGUGGCCGCCAGAUCCUCGCCGUCGACGCGCGAAAGAGCAGCCGCAUCCUCUGGGAUUCACCGGACGUCGCGCAGCGCCUGCUGGACCGGCUACGGCCGCACCUGCACGCGUGCGGAGUCGACCGUGUUGUAGGGCGGCCCGGCGUAACAGGACUGGGGCCGGCGCGGCGCGGCGAGGCGCUAGUGCUGACGCGGGUGAAUGAGCGGCUAAGGGUGUUGCGGUACGACGGGGGCGAUUACUUCCGGCCGCACUGGGAUGGGUGUUAUGUGACGCCGGAUGGGCGGGAGCAGUCGCUGUUUACGAUGCAUUUGUAUUUGAAUGGGGAUGGGGAGCAGGAUGCGGAAGAGUUGGGAGCGGCGAUGGAGCGGGCGGAGAAGCUGAAUGAUGAGAAUGAAAUGAAGAAGAUAGACGACAAGGAGAAGGAAGAGGAGACGCUCCUAGGUGGUGCGACGUCAUUUGCGGAUACUUUCCAUGCGACGGAAACAGUGCGCGUUUUCCCGAAGACGGGGUCAGUCUUGGUCUUUCAGCAGCGAAAUCUGCUGCAUGGGGGUGACGAUGUCUUUCGGGGCGUCAAAUUUACCGUCCGCAGUGAUUUAAUGUAUAUGCUAGAAAAAUAG